UACUCUCUCUCUCUCUCUCGCUCGCUCUCUUUAUCUCUCUCGAUUCUGGUAUGGCUGCUGACGUCAGCUCCCUCGUACGGUUACUAAACGGUUACAACGAUGCGAAAGAAUCCUCCGGCGCGAAAUCGACGACGGCGCCGAUGACUCGCGAUCUCCUCGGAAGCAGCAGAGGAGGAGGAGGUGGGGGAGGUGAUCGGUCACUAGAGCUCGACCUCGAUCUCCAAGUCCCCACAGGAUGGGAGAAGCGUCUCGAUCUCAAGUCAGGGAAGGUUUAUUUGCAGCGAUGCAACUCGACGAGCUCGUCGUCGAUAACAAACGCAGAUCAAUCCAAUCAAACCGUACCGACGACGACGACGUCGUUUCAGGAUUUGAAUUUGUUCCCUCCGAAUCCAACAAACUCUCAGGCCAAGCCGUUGCUAAACCUCUUCGACGACACCUCGCCGGAGCUGAAGCCUCUCCCGCCGAACCGUAAUUUCCAGAGCGUUUGCACGCUGGACAAGGUGAAAUCAGCUCUAGAGAGAGCCGAGAGAGAUCCGGUUGUGUUGAAGAAACGGCAAUCGCCGGACGAUCGUCAUCAUCAUCGGGGGGCGGAGGUUGCGUCGUCGUCGCCGGUAGCGGCUGGGUGUCCUGGAUGUUUGAGCUACGUUUUGGUGAUGAAGAACAACCCGAGAUGUCCGAGAUGCGAUACCGUUGUUUCUCUGCCUACGAGUUCUUCUUCCACGAAGAAGAAGGUUAAGAUUGAUCUCAACAUAUCAAUUUGAAACUUAUGGGGUUUAAUUGGAACAUCUUUUAUUCUUUGGGGGUCUUGAUGAUAUGUUGUAAAUGAUAGAUAAAAUUU